AAGUAUUUCCGCUCUAUAACAAUGACGAAGUUUCUCUAAGUUUUCCUCAUUUAUUCCAAGUUUGACUGUAUUAUAUUGCUCAAAGUGAUGUAAACAUGACGAAUGUGAAGCACACCCUGCAGAAGGAGAUAUUUCUCCCAACUGAUGAGCGGCUGCUGAAUGUUGUGAAUGUCACCAAACCUGGCAAGAAGAAAAAGGCCAGCUUAUUAUGUAUUGCGGUGACAACAGAGAGACCCGUCGUCACAUCCAUUUACCAGGUCAAGAAGUCCGACCGUGGCGACACCUAUAAGAAGAAAUUGAGUUGGUUCUUGAAGGAUUUGAAGCAAGUCGAUGGAAAAGACUCGGCUAAGGAAAUUGCAGAAUUCGACCUCCACUUUGAGAAGGUUUACAAAUGGGUGGCAAGCAACCUCUCAGAGAAAGAUGCUUUCAUCGCCUGCCUAUGGAAGUUAUCACAGAGACAUCUUUCAGAAAAGCCAGAGUUUGUCAACAUUCCAAUUCAUUUACUCGAAGAAAUAGCCCCAGUGUCUGAGCUCGGGCGUCCGAUCCACCAGGGUGAUGAUAUCUCUGUGAAUAGCGAGGACUACCAAGCCCUCUCUACCAAGGAGGAGGCUGACUUGGAGAGUCUCAUGUCCCAGUGUGAAUUUGCCAUUAGCAAUGCUGAGGCAUUCUCGGAACAGUUGUCAAAGGAUCUAUCUUCGCUGGAUGGGGCAAAUAUCCAUUCGAUCAUGGCGUCGGAAGGACAGGUGCUGAACCUGAUGAGGCUCCUAGAAAACGGCAUUCGCGAGGCAUCUGUCAUUGAAAAUAAGCUGGAGUCUUAUGACCAGCUGCUUCAGGGUGUGAAGGACAGUAUGGAGAUCAUGAAAGACAAGGAUGCCCUCAUUCACAUCCAGAAUAAAAAUCACCAACGUCUGCUGGAAGAACUUGACAGUUUAGUGUGUCAGUUGGAUCUUGAGCACUGCCAUGUGAAGGCCCUCCUUGACGGUGAUCUCACAAACCCCAAUGGCAUCUAUGAGUGCACCGCCGCGGCUGAGGCACUGCAGACGUGUAUGGCAGCAAAUAUUCACCCAGCCUUGGUCAAGAUGUCGGCCGUACAAGAACAACAAAAACUCUUCAACAAACUGAAGAGUACCUUUGUCCGCAAUCUCUCUCAUCAUCUCAACUGUCUCUUCAUACAACAGGGUAAUGAGAUGGGUGAGACUUUGAAUCGCUGUGCUUCCGAGUUGCGUCUGCCCCAGCAUCAUACGAGUCAUCGCGAUCUCACGCCGUAUGCUGAGGUGAUGUUGUGGUUGAAGAAUGCUGACCCCUCCAGCUUCUCAAAGCUGGCAAAGGUCUACACUGAAAAUCUCAGUCGCAUCUACGACCGGGAGGUGAAGGAGUUUGUUGAGGCAGCACGCCAGAGACUCAUGGCAUCUAAAGGCGAGAAGAAAUCAUUUGGACCUCGACUGACCGGCUCCUCGUCUAGCCUGAACAAGAGCAGUGACAACCGCGGCAGAUCUGCCUCCAUACAGCUCGGUGAUUCAGAUUCUUAUCACGGCUCUGACGUUGACCUAUCAAACCGCACAAAAUUUGACCAAGUGUUCGACAAAGUUCUCAGCGAGUUGGAACCAGUGUGUCUGGCAGAGCAGGAUUUCUGUGUCAAGUUUUUCCACUUGACGAGCGGAGAAGUGAUGGACGUCACAGAUAUACUGGAUACGAGUGCAGGAAGUGGGUCGAGCUAUGGCGAUGAGGAGGAUGCACAAGCCACCCGGAGGAAACAUCAGAGCCAGAGGCAAAUGAACGAAGAGAUCCGACGCAUGAUGGGCCAACUUUUCCCAUGUUUAGAAACGGAACUGACGAGUUUCAUUUCCUUUGGACACAAACAAGAUGCUUUUAACUCCCUCUAUAUGCUGGUCAGGAUGAGUCAACACGUGGUCAACGCGCAGGAUACCGGCUCAUUCCUUAGUAUGACGUUUGCCAGCUGUCUUGUUCAGGUCAAGAGGAACUUCGAUCGCUUUGUGCAACUUCAGAUCCAGUCCGUUCUAGAUUUCAAAAUUUCUAAAAAGACAAGAUGUGGUAUUCUCCAAUUUGUGAAGCACUUUGAGGACUUUGCCACCCAAGCUGAGAAUAUCUUCCAAGGCUCCGACCGGCGGGCCAACCUGGAAAAGGCCUAUACGAGACUGGUGAGGACCAUCUUUGAGCAUAUCACGAGGAUAUCGGCCGAACCACAGAAAUCUCCUCAGGAAGUAGUCAUGAUGGAGAACUUCCAUAGGAUGUAUGCGGUGCUCUCCCAACUGAAGAUCAGCUGUCUUGACCAGGAGAGAAAGGAGGCCAAACAAAAGUAUGUCGACAACCAACAGGCCUACGUCACUGCGUAUCUUGGCAGGCCUAUGGAGAAACUCAAUACGUUCUUUGAAGGUGUGGAAGCCCGUGUCGCCCAAGGGGUGAAGAGAGAGGAGGUUAGCUAUCAGCUGGCGUUCAGUAAGACCGAGGUGAGGAAGGUCAUCAAGGAAUACCCCGGGAAAGAGGUGAAGAAAGGCUUGGAACAUCUCAAGAAGAAAGUGGAGAAACAUCUCUGUGAUGAGGAGAAUCUAUUCCAGGUCGUGUGGCAUUCGAUGCAGGAUGAAUUCAUCAAACAAUACAAAUACUUCGAGCAGCUGAUCAACCAGUGCUACCCAGGAUCCAACAUGACGCUGGAAUUCAAGAUCGAUGACCUACUUAAUUACUUCUCGGAGAUCGCUCAAUCGCAUUGAUUCUUACGGAUAAAAGACAAUCCCAAUCUCAGCCACAUCCAGGACUUUUGUCAACAACUAGAGCCAGGUUUGAAUGUCUUGGGUGAAAAGACGUGGCAUGAACAGAUAUCGACAGUGAAAUGGAAUUCUUUCAAAACAGGCUCUGGUUGGCGAAGAUUUCAGAUCGGUGCAGAUUGUUGUAGAAUCGAUUUACGGUGUUCGAUAGAAGGACAAAAUAAUCAUAUCAGAUCAACUCAAUAUAUCUGGGCAAUUGCUCAGUUGCAACAGACAUUAGAGGAUCAUUGUUGUCAUUGAAUUUGUAUCUUUGAGGUUUUACAUGGAGUAGGACAUUCCUUGGGAAUUGUCCCAUGAUUGUGGCAAGUCAUGCUUAUGCUGCUUAAUGGUCAUGACAUGUCCAAUCAUGACUUGAUGGUCGCCCUAUUUGUGCAUAUGUCUCAUAUUUGAAUCCUUUCUUUGGUGCUAUAUUGUAAAUUUGUAUAGCAAUCUUAUUGUUUAGCAGAAUGUAGUUAAACUUCAGUAGUUUGUGGAAGAUGUUUAAAAUGACAGUUUGGCUAGCUUCAUGUCAUAAAGAUGGUCACAGCUCUGUAGAUAGACAAGUUCACGUCACUUCAACAGCUUGUCAGAAGUUUCCAUGUAUCAGUCCUCCAAGUGGUAAAUGUAUAUUAAUGAACAGACUUGUAAUGUAAUCUUGUUUUUGGACUUAGAGGCUAUAUUCUCUGUUAACACGAGAUGGCACCGUGUAUGUGGAAAUCUUCUAUGCGAACAUAUAGAGAAAAUUA